GGGUAUAAAAGUGGACACAAAUAGCGCUCAAAAUCACAGUCUAUUUGAAACUUUCAUUUGAUUCACAACUUUAUUGUUAGACUUAAAACAAAUCUAAAGCAAUGGCCCGAACCAAACAAACUGCUCGUAAAUCAACCGGUGGUAAAGCUCCCCGAAAACAAUUGGCCACCAAAGCUGCCCGCAAGUCGGCGCCGGCCACCGGAGGUGUGAAGAAACCCCAUCGUUAUAGGCCCGGAACUGUCGCUCUCCGAGAGAUCCGUCGGUACCAAAAGUCAACUGAAUUGUUGAUCCGAAAGCUGCCGUUCCAGCGAUUAGUCCGUGAGAUCGCUCAGGACUUCAAGACUGACCUCCGUUUCCAGUCAUCGGCUGUUAUGGCACUUCAAGAGGCAUCUGAGGCUUAUUUGGUCGGUCUCUUUGAAGACACCAAUCUGUGCGCUAUUCACGCCAAGAGAGUGACAAUUAUGCCGAAAGACAUCCAAUUGGCGCGUCGUAUCCGAGGAGAGAGAGCUUAAGUUUGCCGACAACUAUCUCAUUGACAACAAACGGCCCUUUUUAGGGCCAAUACAUAUAUAUGUCUUAAAGGACAGACAUUUUGUCUCAUUUAUUCAUAUUUUAGUUUUAUUUUUAUCAAUAAAAGUAUUUUAUAAUUCAAUAUCACACCAAUC